UAGGGGGGAGGUUGCGGGAAGGGGGCGGGUCCAGGCACCUCCCCCGGAGGCGGCUGCGGGGCCAUUUCCUCUCCUCAGUGGCCGAGGCGGAGCCGGGCCCCGGCCCCGCCCCUGCAGACUCGUCUACCGCCUCCUCCCGCUCUGGCUCCCGCCACCAGCAGAAGCAGCCGCCACCGUCGCCACCACCACUGCCGUCCAGUGCCCCGCGCCCGCCAUGCCCAACAUCGUGCUGUUCAGCGGCAGCUCGCACCAGGACCUGUCUCAGAAAGUGGCAGACAGACUGGGACUGGAGUUGGGCAAGGUGGUCACCAAGAAAUUCAGUAACCAGGAGACCAGUGUAGAAAUUGGUGAAAGUGUGAGGGGAGAAGAUGUCUACAUCAUCCAGAGUGGCUGUGGAGAAAUCAAUGAUAACUUGAUGGAACUUCUCAUUAUGAUCAAUGCUUGCAAAAUUGCAUCAUCAUCUCGGGUGACCGCAGUGAUCCCAUGUUUUCCUUAUGCUCGACAAGAUAAGAAAGACAAGAGUCGUGCUCCAAUUUCUGCAAAACUUGUGGCCAAUAUGCUUUCAGUGGCUGGCGCUGAUCAUAUCAUUACGAUGGAUCUCCAUGCUUCUCAGAUACAGGGGUUUUUUGACAUUCCGGUGGAUAACUUAUAUGCAGAACCUGCAGUCUUACAAUGGAUUCGAGAAAAUAUUGCAGAAUGGAGGAAUUGUAUCAUUGUGUCCCCAGAUGCUGGUGGAGCUAAAAGAGUGACAUCAAUUGCUGACAGAUUGAAUGUGGAGUUUGCUUUGAUUCACAAAGAAAGAAAGAAGGCAAAUGAGGUUGACAGGAUGGUUUUGGUUGGUGAUGUGAAGGAUCGUGUAGCCAUCCUUGUAGAUGACAUGGCAGACACCUGUGGCACUAUAUGCCAUGCUGCAGAUAAAUUACUUUCUGCGGGAGCCACCAAAGUUUAUGCUAUUCUGACUCACGGAAUCUUCUCUGGACCAGCUAUUUCCAGGAUUAAUAAUGCUGCAUUUGAGGCUGUGGUGGUCACAAAUACAAUUCCACAAGAGGACAAAAUGAAGCACUGCUCUAAAAUCCAGGUUAUUGACAUUUCAAUGAUAUUGGCUGAAGCCAUACGGAGAACACACAAUGGUGAAUCUGUGUCUUACCUGUUCAGUCAUGUUCCAUUAUAACUCCAGAUCAUAGCCUUCCUAUAGGCUGUGUACAGCCAGUCUGUUUUUGUUUUAAUUAUUGGGACUCGACAGUAUGACAAUUAAUGUUUAUUAAAGCUUCAAUUGUGUGUGCUUUGAGAUUCUUUUUUUUCUCCUCUCCUGAAUCCUCUUAACCCUUCUCCCCUGCAGCCCCCCUUUUCCCCCUUUUUAAUGAAUUGGCUUGUAUGGGAAAUGUCAGCAUUUCCCUACUUUUCCUGUACUCUUACGUUACAUUGGAGCUGCAAUUGUAAGAGUGUAAUUACAUUUCAGAAGAUUUUUAGUUUUAUAUAUCUGGGUUUGUCAGAGGUAACCCUAUAUUAAAGCAUUUCAUGUACUACUUUUAUUUAAUAAAAAUGCCUGUGGGCAUUUGGGUAAAACCCCUGCUAUAUAGAAUUAGAUCUUUUAUUCAGAAUAAACAUUAUUUUAGAGAAUUGUAGAAUACUUUGAAUAUUGACUUUUUUUGUUAGAGUUCAGAUUAAUUUCUUGGGCUUUACCUAAUUUAAACAAAGUUUUGAUCAGCUUAAUGAUGUUCAUUGACUCAUUGCUGAUGGAAGCUUGUAGACAAAUCAGUUAAGGACAACGUAGUGUAAAUGAAUGUAGUUUUGUGUAUCACAUUUAAGUUGGCUGUCAUAGUGCUGUGAAUUUCUGCUCGUUUCUGAAAAUUAUUUCUGAUAUUAGAAUUAUUAAGAAUUUUCUGGAUAUAAUCUUUGUCAGACUCUAAUCUCUAAAUUAAAUGUUCUGACAAAUUCUGACUAGUGCAUUACAAAUUGAAAAAGAAAAUUGCACAAAAAAAUGCUAAUUCUUUAAAAAUGCACACUCCAUUCUUUCUUAUAGUAUUCUUCUAUAUAGCGUUUAGUUGCAACUUUUGCUUUUAAUUUUUUUUUCUUUUGCAGCCAAGAAAAAUUGACAUUUCAAUGAUUGGAUUCUGAAUCAUUGGGACUUUCACAUUAUUAAACAUAGAGUAAUGUAUACUUAUACUUGAUUAAGGCAACAUUUAGGGCUUAAAUCCACUAAACCUAUUCAGUCUUUUAAUUCUUCUCUUUGACUUGAGUAAAGUUUAGAAUCAUCAGGAUUAUUAAGUGUAUGUUUAUAUAAUGCCUCUUUCCCUUUUUUUGUGGUUAGUGUACUUGUGUUUUUGUAGUCUAAAAUAGUUAAACAUCUCCAGGAAAGUUAAAACAUUUACCUAGAAGGCAGUAAUAAAGGAAAUCUGGAAAAAAGUAUUUUCAAAUAAAUAUUAAAUGUUUGAUUAGAAUGAUACCUGGUUAUUCUCAAAAGUGUCAGUUAAAGAACUCAUUAAAAUCAUAUUUUUUUACAUUUUUGGCUUAUGCCAUUUUUUUUCUAAAUCAGAAGUCAAAGGAAACAAUAUUAAAACAGCGCCACCUUUUCUUCUCUCCCUCACUCUCCCUGAAAAUCCUGAACAUUAUCUGGUCUUGUUUCUUAAUGCACUUCGGCUAGAUAAUAAGUCUGUGUAAUUCAGACCAAAAAAAAGUUAUAUACGGUUAUGCAGACCAACUUUAAUGAAAAGGAAUGCCAUUUUCCCAUCAUUUAGUUGAAAAUAAUCAACUUUGUUAUCUUUUUUUUUUUAAUAGCAUUAUUUAAAAUUUUCUAUUCUAGCAUUGAAAGAAUAUUAUUUUAGGUUAGCAGGUCUAAAAAUAAUAAUUUACCUGACAUUUCAGUUGUUGACAUCAGUCUUACUGCAUCUUUCUAUGCAGGAAAAUAGUUUCUAAAAAUAAUUCUAAAGUAAUCUGGCAGGAAAUCUAUGCAAUACAGUUUAAAUGGGCAGAUCCAUAAACUGGUAGCUUGAUAGCAUUGACUUUCUGAUUCCUGAGUUUAUCUAAUGUGUUAAAAGAAGGGACCAAAUACGUUACUUUGACUACUUAUACAAGGUAUUCCAAAAUAUUUAAUAGUUGUUUAUGUCAAUGUUGUUGGAGUGCAGUGGGAUUAGUAUAUCUACCAUUCAGAAUACUUGAAACCAACCCAUUGAAAUGAAAAUGUUCAGAACUGAUUUUAUCCUCUAGCACAAAACAGGAUGAAAUCUAUAUAACUAACCCACUCUGAUGAGGAACUAUUGUUUUAUCUUCUAUUUAACAUUUUUGUUUUUGCUGGGUUUUUUAAAAUAAAUUUAUGAUGAUAAAUAUGGCUGUGUUUACAUAUAUAAGUAGAAUCAGAUACACGUGAAAGAUCAGUUAGUCUGUAAAGAUUGCCUCAAAAGAAAACAUUGGUAUUUUUAGGUUUCCUGUUUUCUGUGGGACUCUCUAGAUUUGGCUCAUAGUAGAUGAAAUUAGCCAAGUCUUGCAUUCAGUUCUGCUACAUGCAUGCAGAAUCAGCUUAUAUCACUUUCCAAAUAAUAUAUAUAGGGAACCAUGAUCAUACCAAAGUUGCUCUCCUCAAAACUGUCAAUCAGUAAGUAUUUAUACCAUAUCUUUCCUUUAUUAGCUAUUGUUAAUGUCCAAGAAUUGUAUUGUUUGUGGUGCUUGUGUUGAUCAGGUUACUGUUACAAAAUGAAUUUCCUGUUAUUUCCUCUAAUAUUGUACUCAAGUAUUUUCAAUAAAAUUAUGUUGCAAAUUGCUCAUUUUAUAAGACA